UGGAGUUUGUUUGCACGUGGUUUGCAGGAGGAGAAGGGAAGGGGAAAUCGGUUUGGAAUCUGAAUCCUGUUGAUAAGAGUCGUUUGCUCCGGAUUUUGCAGCUAUGUUCCUGCAAUUCUACUUGGAUGAGCGAGGGGACAGGGUUUAUACCCUCAAGAAAGUGGCUCCAGAUGGCCAGCCGACAUGCUCAGCCCAUCCUGCCCGUUUCUCCCCGGAUGACAAAUAUUCCCGACAUCGGAUCACUAUCAAGAAACGCUUUGGUGUCCUGAUGACCCAGCAACCUCGGCCUGUUGUGUAAAACUGUGAGCCGCGAAUGCCAGCUGGAACCAUUUGCAGCCUAUCAAGACGAGAUAAGCUUCUUCUGAAGCAGCCUUGAAGAAGCAGACACAGGAAACAACAACAGAUAAUGCUCUCUGCAUUCCACUUUGUCCCUGGGACUUUUAGAUUUCCAGUUCUGGUAUUUUGAGACUCGGCUUCAUUCCUGUUCAUGAAAUGCUUUGUGGUAGCAUAUGCAUUCAGAUUGAAUUCCUGAGUUGUACCUCUCUGUACAAUCCUAAAAAUAAAAUAAAAUCUUCCAUCACUUUUCUUUCAUA